AUGGGAGGUAAACUGAGUCAAGCCAAGGAAGCUGGCUUGGAAGGGCAGAGGAAGAAACCACCCAAUACCACUGUGAAUCGGUUCCUGAGCUGGGUACUGCCUGCUCCCUGUGCUCGGUUUGUAUGGCGAAAGCCUGGAGAAUUUCCUGUCACUGCGUUCCUACUGGGAGCUGGCACUGGAGGGCUCCUGGCUGUGGAUGAAACAUCCCAGUUUCUUCAGCCCAUCCUCUUAUGUCAUGAACUAAAGGCCCUUGAUCUUGGCUGUCCCUCUCUAGACACUCUCCAACUUCCCAAUUUCCUUUUUAAAACAUCCCUAGAGCCUCCUCCUCCUCCCAGUCUCGCCCAUGUUUUGGUGACCCCCAUAAACCUCUACGAAGAGCAGAAGAUAAUGUUGAUGUACGGCAUGGUGGGACUGGGAGCCCUGGGCUGGGGUACAUCCCCCUAUAUUCGCUGUGCCAGUCUUCUGCUGAUCCCCAAAAUGCUGGGCAAAGAGGGAAGGCUGCUGAUGCUUGGCUACGUGCUGGCUGCCAUCUAUGAGGGGCCUGUGGCCAAUCUGCGGCACAACUUGAAUGAAGUGGUGUCGUCUUUGGGCUGUACGGUGGAGCUGCAGAUCAACCAUACCCGCAUGGCCUGGAGAGUUUCCACUUCUCCUCUUCGGACUGUGUUCAAGGAACUUCUGAAAAGAAAAGAAGAGCUGAAAUUUGAUACCCGAAAUAUCUCAAACUCCUUUAAAGAACUGGAUGCCCAGGUGAAGAGUACCGCUGGCUAUGACCCAGGGGCAUCUAGGGAACUAAAGGGCGAGGACCCUGACAUCCUGAUGGGACUUAGAGGCGUUAAGGCCUUCUCCACUCAGAAGCUCUAUGAGCUCAAGACCAAGCUUCGUUGUCACUAUAUUGUGGAUGCCGCCAUUCGGAGCUGCCAUCGGUGGUUUGACCAUAAGCACACCCAAUGCAUGCGGACAAUCAAAAUCCCACUCUUCAACCACCUCCUCUGCCUCCCCAUGAUGUUCAAGUUCUUGUGCAGCAUCACUAAGGUAAUGGAGCCCUGGUGCCAAAAUCGAAUCCCGGUGGAAGGCAACUUUGGCCAGACCUAUGAUUCACUCAACCAGUCCAUGCAAGGGCUGGAAGGGGAAUUCUCUGCCCAGAUAAAAAUCAAGAAAGAGUUCCAGACAGCCCUGUUGGGCAUCAACGUGAGCAAGGCCCAACUGAGGGAGGAAGUCAGGGAUUACGUGGAUUAUCAGGUGGCCCAGCUGGAUAGAGCCUUGGGGUUGCUUCGGAUCCUGCUUUCCUGCUCGUUCCUGUUGGUUUUCCAGGCGGCCUUCUCCUACGCGGACAACUAUUGCCAAGACAUCCGUUUCGACAACAUCUACAUCAGUACCUACUUCCACCAGAUUGACGAUAGAAGGAAGAAGCUGGGCAAACGAAGUCUCCUGCCUCUGAGAAAAGCUGAGAAGGCCACCGUCAUUUUCCCCUGCAAGCCAACCAUCCAGGCAACAGAGAUGACCAAUGUGAUUCGGGAAUUGCUGGAAUCCUUGCCGGUGCUGAUGCUGUUGCUGAUUCUGUGUGUGUUGGACUGGGCCUUCUACACCAUCUUUGACACCAUCAGCAGGCACUCCUUCCUACAGUACACCUUCAGCAGCAGUCACCAUCUGGAAGUGAAGGUAGGGGGAGAUUCCAUGCUUGCCAAACUCCUAAGAAAGACGAUUGGGGCCCUGAAUACAUCCUCUGAGCUUCUGAUAGAGUCAAGCAACACAGCUUGCUUGCCCAAGCCAAUGGGCAUGGACUCCCAAGACUAUACGAAGGCCUUUUUACCUGCUGGCCUGCUGGUGCUACUCUGCCUGACACAGGCCUUCAGCUACCGGCUUCGAAGGGUCAUUGCGGCCUUCUACUUCCCCAAGAGAGAGAAGAAACGAGUACUGUUUUUCUACAAUGAGCUUCUGAGAAAAAGGCUGGUCUUCACCAAACUUCGGCGGACGGUCAUCAUGCAGAGGGCUCAAAGGCAGGGGAGACCUCGCCACCGUCUGGUGGACUUGUGUUACCGCCGCUGCCCCUUUCUGCGGCACUUCCUGCGCAGGCGCUGCGUGGUGUGCCAGGCUUCCGAGACGUCCGAGUCCUGGGUCUGCCAGAGCCCAGGCUGCGGGGCUGUGUACUGUGCUUCGUGCUGGAUAGACAUGGGGAAGAGGUGCCCAGCUUGUACUCCCCGAGACGAGCUCUCCUCCUCGGCUUACAGCAACAGCUCGGAUGAUGCCACCUACGCCGAGUGA